CAUAGCCGUAUCGUUCAGUAGUCGGUAGUCCGCUGGUGCGCUGUCUGCUGCUUGUGCAAAUAUGAGUGAAAAGGAGUGAAAACAAGCUAAUUUUACGUGAUAUCAAGUUUGCGUUGCCUUCAUAUAGUCACCUAGUUUGUUUGCCAUGGCGGACUUUUGGAAAUCACAGCCCCGGAAGUACUGCGAAGCCUGUAAAUGCUGGUUCGCAGACAACAAAUCGAGCAUCGACUUUCAUGAAAAGGGAAAAAAUCACCAGGCAAAUGUUCAGCGGCGCAUCAGAGAGGUCUCCAAAAAAGGGCAAAAAAUGUGGAAGGCCCAACAAAAGCAUGAAAACAUUAUGGACAAAAUCAAUGAGGCUGCAUUAUAUGCCUACAGCAAAGACGUUGAAAGUUCUGGAUCAGCCGUUGGCAAGAUGCAGCUUCUAGAGGAAGCAAGCAAGCUGAAAGAGCGGAGGGCACAGAAAUUUGAAGAGCAGGCCCAGCGAGAGAGCAUCAAUAUCAAGACAUGGUUUGAGGCCAUGACUACAGAGGGGCAGACAUACUACUGGAACUCAGAGACCGGAACAUCAAGCUGGGAAGUACCUGCAUCGGGGUACAUACCUCUGUCGGAACAGCAUCCAACUGCAGUGCCAGAGGAGAGCACAAAGCCUGAAGAUACAGAAGAAACUUUCGGUCCUCAGCCACGAGGAAAUCCCUACGGAGAGUGGAGGACCGUUGAAACCAAAGCACCUCGUAAAGUGGACUUGCAGCUUCCAUCAAAGCCCGAGGUUGAGGAAGUGACGAUCACUGUCCCCAAGGAUGAGCCCAAGGCAAGGUUCACGGAAAAAAAGGUGGACAGCCUCAGCUUACCUAGCGAUGGGGAGACAACGUUCAAGAAGAGGAAAUUCAUCGGAAGUGGCAAAAGGAACGUCAGGCAGCGAACAGACUCGGACUGAGAGCUGUGCCCGUUUUGACUGAGCUUUGGCAACAACACAAACUUCCUUCGAAGCUGUAGUUGUCAUCAUUGUACAGUAAAUAUCAUUCUCACUUCAAAAUCUUAAAUCACUUUUAUCUUGGUCACACAGCCUCGUGGCCCCCGCAGCAGAAGCUCACAGUUAGGUAAUUGUAAAAACCGAAAUGGGAUGUGAAAGGUUUUUCGUGUUUAUUGCAAAACAUGCAAUGCUCCUCUGGAUAAAAUUUUGCACAUGUGAUCUACACAUAACUCACAGUUAAAUACAUGUCUAAGCUCAGUAUCAGUCAACGACACCUGACCACCGCUUUAAGCAGGGAACACUUGCCAUAAAACAUGCCUAUCCACUUUGCAUGAGUAGCAGCCCUUGGGGGACGGGGGUCCAAAGGUUUUGUGGAUGUGUACUAAUUUACACCCAAUUGCUGCGUAAAUUGUAAAAUUUAGUUUGCAUUGUGAGCUUGCCCUAUUUAUUGUUCACACGUAUCGUCGUGAAUACGACCUUGUAGUUAACAAGCAGUGGCGUGCCUUCAGGUACUCACAUAAAAAUCAUUUUUAUGGG